GCUUUAUUGGAGAGGCUGUGAUAGGGGAAGUAACGCUGGCGGCGUUUGGACGUGAUUCUGUGAAAAGUGUUGGCUGCUCCGUUAUUAGUUCGAGAAUAAAAUAUCAGUUCUUGCAACAUUUUGGUUAAACAAUGGCAGAUUCUGGAUCAGAAGAAAGAAAUGGGGAUCCAGCCCAGCAACAACAGCAGCAGCAGCAGCAGCAGCAGCAUACUUCUGUCAUGGCCUUCCUACUGAGUAACAAAGUGGAAGCUACUCUGUGGUUGACGCGGGUGUUUUCUGUCGUGUGUUCAGUGAUGUUUCUUCUCCCGAUAUUUGGUGGGAACCAAUACACUCAUUUCCAGCGCGCGUUACUGAGUGCUGCGGCGACCAGCGCCCUCCGACUUCACCAGCGACUACCCAACUUUCAGUUCAGUCGAGUGUUCCUCAGUCUGCUGUUUGCGGAGGACAGCUGCCACUAUCUCUUCUACUGCAUCAUUUUCCUAAACAGUUACCCCAUCACCAUGGUACUGGUGCCCAUCUUUCUCUUCGCGUUACUUCAUGCAUGCAGCUAUACCAAGAAUCUCCUCAAUGUGCUGGGACCAAACUCGAUGAUGUUUAUGCGUAACCUGAUCGCAAAGCUUCAAGCCCAUCAAACCAAUGUUCUCCGGUUCAUUGCCUGCUCGGAAAUAUUCCUCAUGCCUGCUCUUGUAUUUAUGACUUUUAGUGGACGAGCGACAAUUUUCCAUCCCUUUGUCUACUAUCGGUUUCUCACAUUGCGUUACGCUUCUCGCAGAAACCCAUACUGCAGGACUCUAUUUUAUGAACUCCGCCUGACAGUAGAAUACUUGUGCAAUAAUCCCCGAUGUCCGCAGUUUGUAAGGAACAUCGGAUUCAAGUCGAUAGCUUUGAUUUCAAGAUUCGCGCCUCAAGUGGCACAGUAGACAAACAUCUAUUUGAACUUGCACAUCCAGAGAUUUUUGUCACAUUUUUGUUUCAUGUCGUGAAGUAUUGUAAAACGUUAUUCUGUGUCAUUGUGGUUUCAAUCAAUAUUUUAAUAUAUUAAUAUAAAGUUGAAACCCAUUGGCUCGAUAUCCCAGGGACCAGUCGAAAAUUUUCAGCCUUACGAAUGAGCGGGAAUGCUUAUAUAGAGUAAUAAUAAAUUUCAAGUUCAAGCCAACCAGGAAAUCGUGUCGAGCAAUAUCGAGCCAACGGGUUUAGACUGCAUGUAUAUGCUUUGGUAAACUUCAUAUCUUAACCAAAUUGAUGAGUGUAUUUUACUAGGCAUUGUGAACCUUGUCUUUUUCCACUUUACUAAUCUGAAAACGUUUAUUGUAUUGUUUUAAAACAGAAAGAACAAAACAACAUUUAAAAUAAAACUAUUUAUGUUGAUUUGAACUAAGUGGGAACUAUGAGUAAUACGCCAUAUGAUAUUCUAAUUAAUUUUGUUCUUAGCAAGAUAUAUUGUUAUAUAUUAAGAAACCUAUUGCAAGAGUAUGAAACAAAAAUGUACAUUUUAGAUAAGAAUAAUUAUAAGUUAUAAAAGAUCUAGACAAGAUUUAUUUGUUUUGUUUUGUGUAAAACCAUUGUAAUGGGAUAGAAUAAUAAUGCUCAAGUUAUUUUUGAUUAUUUUAUAUUAAAGAUGAUUGUACCAGAUUUUAUGGUGAUUCCUUGAAUAGGAAAACCAUUUGAAUCUCCAAUCAGGGCCCAUAUUCAAUAAGCAUCUUAGUAACAAUUUUCAACUUGGUGAAAAAUUGCUUUUUUUCUAAUUUGAAUUUUAAGGAAACAAUGUUUGUACACCAAAAAUAUGAAAAUAAGCAAGAAAAUGGUCUAAACAAUAUAUGCAUAUGAAUAAAUCUGAUGAAAAGUAGCGGGUAUUUAAAAUAAUUAUCGUUGUUAAAAAUUACGAAAUUCUCACUAAGUUGAAAAUAAUCACUAAGAUGAACAGAUUUAAAAAUAUCAACUAAGGUAGAAAAAUGACUGUGUAAUUCACUAGCCAAACCAUUGUAACAAUGUGCUGAACAAAUAGACUUCAUGAUAACCAACAUAUAUAGUUAGCUUGAAAGAAAUUAGAAAUAAACUUUUUUAAUGCAUUGUGUAGAUAAGUGCAUUUCUGUAGUCUUUGUGUUGUAUUUAAUGCCAAAUUAUUUCAGUCAGUAUGUCCUUUUUAUGCAUUGCAGGGUAAUCCUUUUACCAGGGUUACUUUCAACAAUUGAUCUUAAAGAAACAGAUUUUAUAUUAGUAAUGAAUGUUUGAUAAUAAUGACAUGUAAGCAAACAGCAUUGUAAUUGAAAUGUAAUACAAGAUGGACACCGCUCUUAUGCAUGUGGUGUUUUUUUUAUAUCUUUUUAUUUGGAGAUAAUGGUUAUUUUUCAUGUAUCAACUGCUAGGUCAUUAUUAUCUUAUCUUAUUUGGAAAUUCCUCAUUAAAGUCUUUUGAUCCAUGAUAUCUUUUUCAUCAUGUUACGGUGUAAGUGAACCAGGAAUUACAGAAUACUCUUUUAAAGGGACUAGACACCAGAUGAAUCCAUUGCAGGAAAAAAAAAAUUGUCAAAAACUUGAUAUUGCUGUGUACAACGCAUUGAAUCUUACUUACUGAUGUUUGACAUUGCUUAGGUCAUGUGUAUCUUUCGCAAUUUUUGCAUAGUUUUCCAAUUCAAAAUUUUGGUUUUCAGCCUACCACGUUAAUCCAAUUAAAUUUAAAAAUAGUGUAGAUGUAUGUAUCUGUACUUAUCAUGUGACUUUCACAUGCUAAAUUUUCACAAUAAUUAUAAACUGGGAAAGCAUUAUACACUAUUUUAAACGGGUUAACUCAGCUGAGACAGUUACGAAAUAUUCUUGAUGUAUUGUCGUCCUCAUACUAGCUUGUAUUGAUAAUUUUUGGCUUGUUUUUAGGAAAUACUGUAUUUGCCAAUUUAGGUCUAUCUGGUGUCUAGUCCCUUUAAUAUGUGUAUAAGUGUGUUAAUUUACUUAGAUGUAGUCCCAGUCGAAUUUUGACAACAUUCAUUUUGAUAAUACCCAGUAACAUAUAUGCUUUCAAAUCAGGAGAAAAAAAAUGACACACGAAACAAAAGCAAACAUUAGCAUCAGUCUUUUUCUGUGUAUAUUUUUAAAGUAUAUGUCCUUGCGUGAACAAAAUAAGAAGAUGGAACUUUCCGCUUGAACAAAAGGGUCAUCACAGUUUGCAACGUCAUUAUUGUUAUCACCAUCCCAUUUAUAACAAGUUGGUUCCAGCAACACAAAUAGGUGCGAGUUUCUAUACAGAAAAUGACUCUUGAGAAAUUUGAUAUUAUGAAACACACAUAUAUUGUCAUAUUUUUACAUUUAUAGACUAUUGUGUUCAUUUUUGUAAUUUAAAAGCAUUGUUACAUCCACCAUUUUCCUGUAUGUACGGGUAUUUCUUAAUGUGUUGUUCAUUAGAAAUUCUUGUUUUGCAUUCAACUGUUUUGAACAGUGGUUCUUAAGUUCACAAAUAAAGCCUGUGUGUUAGGAUUGAGACUACAGACUGUUGUUUUGAUAUAAAGAUUGCAUAUUGGUCAGAAAUUUGUAGAAAUGAAUACGAGUGACAUUGGCAACAAUUUCAAAAGGGGUCUCAGCCCCUUUACCCUGCAUUGGGCAUGAAUCCCUCAUACUCAAACAAAACUGCAGCUAUUUUUUCAAAAAUGACAAUUAUCAGCUGUUAAGUUUUGAAAAGUAUUAUUAUAUCACUUAUGAUUGUGAUGGUCUUUAUUGUUAAUUUUGAAUGUAGUUGAUAUUUAUACGCUGGUUCAUUGAACGGAAUGUUUAAUAGUUUUACCUGCAGCAAAUUGGGGAAAGCUGGGUGGGUGGCAUCCAGUAUUUUGUACAAUCAAUUCUUUAGAACCCAUUGCCCAAUCAUCACCAAACUUAGUUUAAAUGUGUAUUAGCAUAAGAUCUUGGACAAGUUUGAUAACCAGCCAUAUGGCUCUAGUCAUUCAAGAGUUAUUGCACUUCAAUUAUAGAAAUACCCUGAAAUUGGUGUUGUCCUUUCAGUAACAUGAGUAUUAUUUGUCCAAUCAUCUCCAUAUUUGUUUAGAAUGCGUAUUGGAUUUAUAUCUUAGGGAAAUUUGUUAACCAGCCAUAUCGCUUGAGUCACUCAAGAGCUAUCCACCUUCAUUGCCUAAAAUUGGUCUUUUCCGAUCAAUCAUUUAAGAGUUCUUUGUUCAAUCAUCACCUAAUUUAGUCAAAAUGUGUAUGGGCAGAAUAUCUCGGUUAAGUUUGAUAACCAGCCACUUCGCCUCAGUCACUCCCAAGAUACGACCCUUGAAUUUGCACUGUAUUUACAGUGUCCGCUGUCUAAAUUUGGCAUUAGAACAGAAAUAUUUUGUUGGUACUUUUGAUAUAAAAUGUGUCUGUCAUUCUUUGAUUUAUAGACUCGUUUCCGAGAUAUAAGGAAAGCAUUUGAACGAUCUCCGGUAUAAAAAAUAGAGCCGUUAAAUGCUUACUGACCAGAAAAUAUGGUUAAGGCCCAGGGAUUUUUCACCAUCUUUAGCAGGAGCAGGAAUUUGGCUACUUCCCAACUGAAGAAAGUUUAUUUUUCCAAAUCAUUUUUUGUGCUGAUUUUAUAUUAUUUGUUUCUUAUUGUAUGUCAAUUUUCCAUUUAAUAUUUGAAUAAAUUAGCUUUUAAAUGUACAAAUUAUAUUUUCCCUAUUUGAAGCGUUUCUGUGUUGAAUGAUGUAAGAAUGCAUAAAGCAUGUGGUGUACUGGUUCAGCCUCGUGUUGUUCAUUAUGUUUCUGUAAGGCCAUUUUCAUGAAUUCACACGUCAUAAAAGUUCACAAUUUGUUUUUGUUCAAAAUCAAAUGAUGGCAAUCUCAUCAUGGUACAAGUUUUGGUAUAUUAAGGAAAAUGUAAAUGUGAUUGUUGUACUUUAAGUUGUAUACUUUUUUUUGGAAUAAAUUAAACAGUUUA